UGUGUUGCGAACUGUGCACACACUUCAUCCUAUUGCUGGUUAGCGUUUUGUUGUUUUUGCUGCGUACGGAACAGGAACGGUAUACGAAAAGUUAUUAGUUGUAUAGCUUGAAAUCACUAACGGCAACCGCUACGCUCUGUUGCGUACAAAUUCUGGUUCUGGUUCUCAACGCUUGCUGCUGGUCUCUUUACAGCCGCAGAGAGACAAAGAUAGAGAGAGCGAGAGAGAGAGAGAGAGAGAGAUAGAGACGCACUACUGCUAAUUGAAAGAUGUCGGCUAAGCGCAAGGCAGGUGGUAACGGGGCCGGUCCCAACAAGCGUCACCCAAAGAAGAAGGAAUCGGACUACGAGGAUGAGUUUAGUGAUGAGUCUGACGAUGAUUUGGCCCAACAGCAACAGCAGGCAGCCGGCCAAAUGGAGGUGCUAAUACCACAUGAUAAUCUGGAUCCACCCAGUAAGCUGCCAGAAGAUCUACUGGCCACGCUGGAAAAGACGCCGGGUCAGCUGCUGCUGGCUGGUAUGGUUACCUGGGAUCUAACCGGCAAACGGGAUCGCAAAAAUGUCACAAAAGUGCGUCCCAAUCUGUAUAGCUUUCAUCGCUUCACGGAUGAAAAGUACCGCUCCGUGGCCAGCGGUCCCACUGCGGCGCACACAAUACUCAUCAAUAUGGAUCGCAAAGCACUUGGCUUUGGCCGCAAUCCCAGCGGUCAGUUGGGCUUGAGUCAGGACAUCAAGCUGGUGGAGAAGCCCACAAUCAUUCCUGCACUGGAACAGCUGAACAUUGUACAAGCCGCCGCUGGGCGUCAUCAUACGCUUUUCCUUACCGACACGGGCACAGUUUACGCUUGCGGCGAGAACAAGUCCGGUCAGUGCGGCGUGGGCAAUGCACAUCCCAAUAUCUUUACGCCCACUCCGAUUAAUUAUCGUGGUCCACCCAUUAUACGCAUUGGCUGCGGAGCCGAAUUCUCAGUUAUUCUCGAUAUCAAGGGCAAUUUGCACACAUUUGGUUUGCCGGAAUAUGGCCAAUUGGGUCACAAUACGGAUGCCAAGUAUUUUGUGAAUGCCAAUAAGCUGUCAUUCCAUUUUGAGACAUCACCGAAAAGGGUUGUACUCUACAUUGAGAAGAGCAAGGAGGGGCACGUGACACCCGUGGAUGGUGUACAGAUUGUGGACUUUGCAUGUGGCAACAAUCACACGGUGGCCAUCGACUCCAAAAAGCGCGUUUACAGCUGGGGCUUUGGCGGCUUUGGGCGCCUGGGACACGCCGAGCCCAAGGAUGAGAUGGUGCCGCGUCUUAUGAAGUUCUUUGACGCCCAGGGUCGUGGCGGACGCAGUGUCUACUGCGGUUCAACAUUCAGUUUGAUUAUCAACGAGCUGGGCCUGCUCUAUCUCUUUGGGCAGAACAAGAAAACCGGCGAGGCCAACAUGUAUCCCAAGCCAGUGCAAGAUUUAGCAGGCUGGAACAUAACAGCAAUUGGCUGUGCCAAUACCUCAAUCAUGAUAUCGGCUGAUGAUACGCUGAUUGCCUGGGGCGCAUCGCCAACCUUUGGUGAGCUGGGCAUUGGCGAGUUUCAAAAGUCGUCGACGGUGCCCAAGGAGGUGCCCAAAAUGGACAACAUUAAAAUACCUCAGGUUACCAUGGGCUAUUCCCAUACAGCCUUGCUUGUGGACACCACACACGAGGCUACCAAGCAGAAGUACGAAAAGAUGCCCGAAUAUACUAUUGAAGAUUAGAGAAAUGGGUGUUCUUCAAUCCCCCCCCCCCCCCCCCCCC